CGCCGCAGCCGGCCCACUCCUCCGCUUUCGCCUUCCCCUCCCCCGAUUCUCUCUUUACAUGUUGUGAUUUCCCAUCUCUCUCGUCCUUGGUCCCUGCUGGUUCCUGGAAAUUCUGGCCAUGACUUCCUUCGAAGCAGACCGUCCGGCCUUCGGUGCCGUGCAUAGCAAUUGGGUCGUUCAAAAGUUCGGCGGCACCAGUGUUGGCAAGUUUGCUUUAAACAUUAUUGAGCAGGUGGUCCAACCUAGCCUCCUUGACAACAGAGUUGCCGUUGUAUGCUCCGCAAGAAGUAGUUCGACCAAGGCAGAGGGCACUACCAACCGGUUACUGCGGGCAGCCCGGGAUGCAGAGAACCCCCACUCCCAACAAUAUAAGACCUUCGUCGAGGCCGUACGGCUGGAUCAUGUCCAAGUGGCCCACGAACAGAUCCAAUCUGUGGACCUAAGGGAUGAAGUGGUUACCGAUAUUAAUGCAGAAUGCGAGCGAGUGCUGAAGGUCCUCGAGGCCGCCCAGACCCUCGGGGAAAUCAGUGCUCGCUGUGUGGACAAGGUGAUGAGCGCCGGUGAGAAGCUUAGCUGUCGCCUCAUGGCCGCUUUCUUGCAAGAUCGCGGGGUGGACUCGCAGUACAUUGAUCUCGCCGACGUAAUCGAUUUCCCCAUCGGCGCACACGGACUCGAUCAGGACUUUUACAACUCCCUAGCAGCGACCCUGGGUAAGCUGGUCGCGGGUUGCGGGCACCGAGUGCCCGUGAUUACGGGUUACUUCGGUACUAUCCCCGGUGGUCUGCUGGAUCAGGUCGGCCGUGGUUAUACCGAUCUCUGCGCCGCCCUCGUCGCCGUUGGAACUCAUGCCAAGGAACUGCAGGUCUGGAAGGAAGUGGACGGUAUCUUUACGGCUGAUCCACGCAAGGUCCCUACGGCCCGGCUCCUUCCUGCCAUUACUCCCGCCGAAGCGGCCGAAUUGACCUUCUAUGGAUCAGAGGUGAUUCACCCUUUCACCAUGGAGCAGGUGAUCCGCGCCAAGAUCCCUAUUCGCAUUAAGAACGUGAUGAACCCCAAGAACCGCGGCACCAUUAUUUUCCCCGAUUCCACCGCCGAGUUGGAGCGCACCACGCCCGGCCACGACCCCCGCCUCUUCCGCACGCGGAGUCCGAGCUUUAUGCAGAAGCCGAAGCGACCGACGGCCGUGACCAUCAAGCAUAAGAUCCUGGUGAUCAACGUACACUCGAACAAGCGAUCAUUGUCCCACGGCUUCUUUGCGGGCAUUUUCUCCGUGCUGGAUAAGUGGCGUCUGUCCAUUGAUCUGAUCUCGACCAGUGAGGUUCAUGUGUCGAUGGCCCUUCACUCGGAGAUGCCUUUGCUCAAUGGCAACGGCCGGGACGACUACCAGGUGAUCGACGAUGACCUGAAGGGGGCGCUCACUGACUUGGCCAAGUAUGGAACGGUUGACAUCAUCCCUGAAAUGGCCAUUCUCAGCCUGGUCGGCAAGCAGAUGAAGAAUAUGAUCGGUGUUGCGGGGCGUAUGUUCACUACCCUGGGGGAGAACAAUGUGAACAUUGAGAUGAUUUCACAAGGUGCCAGUGAAAUCAACAUCUCCUGCGUCAUCGAAGAGCGUGAUGCCGACCGCGCUCUGAAUAUCAUCCACACCAGCAUGUUCACCUUCUUGGAUUAGAGGUCCUCGGAGUCGUUGAGCAAUCCACAUUGUCGUUUGAGAUAUCCCUUGGGCCCGUUUCCCCCUUUUUUUUUUUUUUUUUCUAAUGUUUCCCCAAUGCCGCUUUCUUCUACUUUUGAUGGAAUGCUUUCGUGAUAGAGAAAAGUUGGUGUGCAUUUUAUCCCUGCUCUUUUCAUCGAGGGACUCGGGUUCGCUUCAGCAUCAUGUCCUGUCGUUGAUUUUUUUUUUUCCUGCAUGGGAUUGGCGUUUCUCAUUUUCAUGUGCCAUACCCGACCCUUUUGAAUUUCUGCAACUAGAGUAUAGAUCGAGAGAUGGUUCCCUUUACGAUUGGGGGAUGAGUUGUGAGAAGAGGUGGUUUUUCUUCAUCGGUUUAAUGCAUGGCAUCUACACCGUACCCUGGUAUAUGAAUUCAAAUGAUCCUCAAAAAAGAAAGCAAGGGCAGUUUCUUGCCCGUCUGAAUAUAUUUCACUACUAUAACCUGGAC